ACAGGCAACACUACCUUCCGAAUUCGUAAAAUUACAUCUGCCGAGUGCAGACGUGUAAUUAUUUUAUUGUCCAUAAUUCAUUUAACCGGUUUUGUAAAAUGGUGCAAGUUCGAGUCCGGGAGGGAAUCUUAGAGGGCCAAGAGGUGGAGAAUGAGUUCGGAGGGAAGUUUUAUAGUUUUAAAGGAGUGCCGUACGCGCAGCCACCUGUUGGUGAAUUGAGAUUUAAGGCGCCUCAACCGUUGAAGCCAUGGGACGGAGUUCGUAGUGCCACUGAGCAUGGCCCAAUUUGCUACCAAGAUGACAUAUUCCUAAAAACUGGCAAGUCGGGCAGCGAGGACUGCCUCUACCUCAACAUAUACACCCCAGCCAUCAAGCCAACCAAACCUCUACCAGUCAUGUUUUUCAUCCAUGGAGGAGGAUUCGUCUGCGGGUAUGGCAACGAUGACCUGUACGGCCCAGAGUUUCUCGUCAGAGAAGACGUCAUAUUGGUCACAAUCAACUACAGGCUCGAAAUACUUGGGUUCCUUUGCCUGGACAUUGAAGACGUACCCGGUAACGCUGGUAUAAAGGACCAAGUCGCUGCUCUCAGAUGGGUCAGAGAUAAUAUUAGCAACUUCGGCGGUGACCCGAAUAACGUCACAAUUUUCGGCGAAAGCGCUGGAGGUGCCUGUGUCUGGUACCACCUUGUAUCACCAAUGUCUAAAGGACUCUUCAAAAGAGCAAUAGCCCAAAGUGGAGCUGCUACCAGUAGCUGGGCAUCAACUUUUGAACCAUACGAAAGAGCUAAGGCCUUAGCAAAACAACUCGGUUGCGAAUCUGAAGAUGGCAAGGAGAUAUAUGAAUUCUUAAAAUGUCAACCCAUGGAAGUCCUAGUUAAUGUUAAAGCACCCAUCACUCUCAGCGAAACGGUAAGAGCAGGGACGAACCUAUACUUUAGUAUUGUAAGUGAGAAGCAAUUCGGUGACAAUGAAAGAUUCUUUUACGGGGACAUUUAUGAUGUUCUGAGGAAUGGCGUCCACGAAGGAGUUGAGAUAAUGUCUGGUUUCUGUGCCGAUGAAGGUAUCGUGUGCCUUGCAGCAGGUGCGAAUUUAGAAGAAAUACUCACACAAACUGAUGCAUUCCCUGAAGUAUUAACUCCGGGAGAAAUUACAAGAAAUUGCCCGAUAAGCACUGUACUUGAAGUAGGAAAAAAGACGAAGAAGCACUACUUUGGAAAACAGAAGGUUUCAAUGGAAACUGUUGAACAGUAUGUUAAAUACCUAGGCGAUGCAAUGUUCAACUAUGGAAUUGUUCAAGCUGAGAAGAUAAGUAGUAGGACGAACAAGGUCUACUUAUAUGAAUUCAGCACACAGACUGAAAGGAACUGGUUCGCUAACAUCAUACAUAUAGGCGAUCUCCUGAACAACAGACCCACAGUAUCGCAUGCUGACGACUUAGCAUACUUGUUUCCUUUGAAAGCUCUGUCCCUUGUCACAAACCAGAAAAUCGACAAAGAUUCCAAGACUUUCGAACUGAUUAACAACAUCACGAAACUCUGGACUAAUUUUGCCAAAUAUGGGAACCCAACUCCAGAUUCAUCGCUGGGAGCCACAUGGGAGCCUUAUGAUGAGAAAGACCAGAAAUACAUGGAGAUCAGUAACACCUUCACACUCCGAGCCAAGCCACUUAAGGAGGAUAUAGAAUUUUGGGAGGGCAUCUUCAGAGAAUACCUCCCUAACUACGAAGCGUCGAUGUCUAAACUGUGAUAAUAGCAAUGACCAAAUCAAUAUCUUUACAUUAUUUUAUAGAUUAUUAGCCUUUUUUUAUAAUUUGGGAAGAAUAAGCACCAACCUACUAGUUUUUAAUACCCUUUGUAACUUUUAUCACUUUAAAUAUAUUCACCAAACCUAACCAAAGUUUUCUUUACCAUACAGAGUGACUAAAGGGAUUAUUAUUAUUGCGUAUGGCAGACAAAAAUAAAAUAUCCUGCG